AUAGACUGGUUGGAGGAAAGAAGAGAGAGAAGAGAGAGAGAAGAGCGAGAGAAGAGAGAGAGAAGAGCGAGAGAAGAUAGAGAAGAAAGAGAGAAGAUUUGGCGACAGGCGAAGAUGCUGUGUCCUGCGUGGUUAUUGGCUGUGGCCGUGGUGGGCGUGGUCAGAGGGGUGAAAGGUCAGUGCUGGGAGAACCCUCGCUGUCAUGACCUCAGCUCUGAAAACAACAUCCUGGAGUGUAUCCAGCUCUGUCGUUCUGACCUCACCGCCAAAUCUCCCAUCUUCCCCGUCAAGGUGCAUCUCCAACCCCCGUCCCCCUCCGACUCUGACUCUCCUCCCCCCUACUUACCUCUGUCCCUCCUUUCCACAUCCUCCCCCCUGUACCCCUUGGAGCAGCAGAAUAGUGUGUCCCCCCAGGCCAAGCGUUCCUACUCCAUGGAACACUUCCGCUGGGGAAAGCCUGUGGGCCGUAAGCGCCGGCCGGUGAAGGUCUACACCAACGGUGUGGAGGAGGAGUCCUCCGAGGCCUUUCCCAGCGAGAUGAGACGAGAGCUGGGCACCGAUGACGCCAUGUACCCCUCCCUGGAGGCUGGGACUGCGGAGGGGGGCGAGGCAGAGGGCCUGGGGGGAGUGUUUAGUCUUCAGGAGAAGAAAGACGGCUCGUAUAAGAUGAACCACUUCCGCUGGAGCGGACCGCCCACCAGUAAGCGCUACGGAGGGUUCAUGAAGAGCUGGGACGAGCGCAGUCAGAAACCACUGCUCACACUGUUCAAAAAUGUCAUCAUCAAAGAUGGACAGCAGAAGAGAGAGCAGUGAGGGAGGGAGGGAAGAAAAAGGAGGGAGGAAGGGGGAAGAAAAGAGGGCAUUGAGGGAAAGGAAAUACAAUUUCCAGGGUUGAGGAAGGAAGAGAAAGUCACUGUAGGACUUAGAGCCAGUUAGCUCUCAUUUGAUUUGCCAUUAGGAGACAGAGAUGUUUUGUGAUUGGCUAAAAGCACUGUCCUCUGA